ACGUUGUGGCGUCACUCUGGCUGGCACGCUUGUGGCCCCGCCCCUCCCACCGUCAACAACUGGAUUCCAGCUAUUUGUAUUUUCGACAGCUAGUAUCGGUAGCCAGCAAACGAUAAUUUGCUGCGUUUGUUUAAAAGUAAUGAAUUAAAACGGAGUAAGCCGAUUUGGAUGAACAUAUAUUGAUUUUUGUUUGCUUAAAACACGUUUUAUCAAUAGCUUGUUCCGAUGUACAGCCAAUGUAAGCUAAAGGACCUUCGAGAGCGGAGAGAUAGCCUUGCAUACCGUCAUUUAGCCUCCUCGGAAACCAGCUAACACCUUACUAGAGAUAACGCUAGCUUGCUAGUUGACAGCUGAGUCGGUUAGCUACGUGUCUUUUAACGUAGCUAAGAUUUACUCGCCGAAACAAUGAAUCGUCUCUGACACCGAGAGGACUGAGGCCCAGUUGGUUGUCACAAGGGAGUAAUCAGAACCCAUAACUAGCAAGGUGGGUCGUGGCUGACUAAGGUGGUGUCAUUGAAGAUAAGGGAGGCGAGCUUUAAGUCAACUUACCGAUGUACCCCCGGCAUUGACCACAGCUGCCAAUAUGAUGCCGAUGAUACUGACGGUGUACCUCAGUGAUGGGGAACAGGCUGUGACGGAGGUGCCCAUCACCCCUGAGACGACAUGCCGCGAUGUCGUCGAGUUCUGCAAAGAGCCCGGAGAGAGCGGCUGCCAUCUGGCUGAAGUCUGGAGAGGCAACGAGCGAGCGAUCCCCUUUGAGCACAUGAUGUAUGAACAUCUGCAGAAGUGGGGGCCUCGGAAGCAGGAGGUCAAGUUCUUCCUCCGCCAUGAAGAUUCACCAACUGAGAGCAGUGAUCAAGGGAGUCAGCAGUCUCAGGAUCAGACGAGUCGCAAGAGUGGAAGCACUGGGGAGAAGCACAAUGAGAAUGGGGUGGGGAAUCAGCGCGUUGAGCUCACUCUGUCUGAGCUGCAGGAGAUGGCCACACGGCAGCAGCAGCAAAUUGAGGCUCAGCAGCAGAUGCUCGUUGCAAAGGAGCAACGUUUGCGUUACCUAAAGCAGCAGGAGCGCCGUCAGCAGCAAACAGUUUCAGAGAGCGAGAAGCUACAGAGACUGAAGGAGCGCGUGGAGAGCCAAGAGGCAAAGCUCAAGAAGAUUCGGGCAAUGAGAGGCCAGGUCGACUACAGCAAGGUCAUCAAUGGCAACCUGUCAGCAGAGAUUGAGCAAGUUAGUAGCCUGUUCCAAGAGAAGCAGGCAGAGUUGCAAGCAGCAGUGUUGAGGGUGGAGCAGCUCAGCCUGCAGCUGGAGGACCUGCGGAGAGGAAAGCUCAACGGCAUUCAGACAGCCCUGGGUGGCCAAGUAACUGGUGCUGCAGCCUUAGAGCUCCGUAAGCUCUACCAGGAGCUUCAGAUUCGGAACAAGUUGAAUCAGGAGCAAAAUAGCAAGCUACAGCAGCAGAAGGAGCUUCUGAACAAGCGCAACAUGGAAGUCACGCUCAUGGACAAGCGCAUCAGUGAGCUGCGGGAACGUCUCUACAAGAAAAAAGCUGAGGCACGUCAAAAAGAGAACCUCCCUCUAAACAGAGCCAAUGGACCUCCCUCUCCCCAGCCUGCUCCUGGGACUCUGGGCCGUGUUGCCGCUGUUGGCCCAUACAUCCAAGUCCCUGUACCAGGCCGACAGGAAGGAGGCUACACCAUGCCACCUGAUCCACUGAAGCCUCAGACCCUGGGCAUCAGUAAUCAAGCCAACCAUGGCCGCACCAAGUCAGACGGUGUGCGAAAGCCUCCCGGCCCUUGGAAGGUGUCUGAUUUAGACAUCGUUGUGGACCAAGUGCCCUCGUCCCUUCCAGAAUCCCAACCGGGCCCUGGAGCCUCCACAGGCUCUGACGGCACGUCCCCUAAUGAUACUGGUUGGCCUACUAUAGGCAAGAGCAGCACAACCCUAAAGCCUCCUGAGAGAAGAGACUCAGGGACUGACACCCAGGGCAAGAGCCCUCCCUCAGGCUCCCCUGUCACGCCAAGUGCAGACAAGGUUUCUGCACCCCCCCCAGCCAUAUCAAAGCCACAGCCGCCUCCCUAUGGCUCCCAUCUCAUCUCCGCAAACUCAGCCAGCUCUUUAGACCGCCGCAAGGAUGCACCUCCCCCUUCUCGCCCACUUCCGAACCCACCAGCUCCUGCUUGGCCCCGCGUCCCCUCCUCCACAGGCUCCUCCUCCCAGCAGAUCCAGCAGCGAAUCUCUGUGCCACCAAGUCCCACCUUCCAGCCUAAUGCACUGUUUUUCCCGCAAGGGCUGAGCGAACGACUGGAACCCCCGCCAGCUGUGGCGGUACGCCCCUUCAUCCCAGACAGAGGAUCACGGCCUCAGUCGCCCCGUAAAGGCCCACCUACAGUGAACUCCAGCUCCAUCUAUCACAUGUACCUCCAGCAGGCAGCGCCCAAAAGCCAGCCACUCAAGCCUGCUCUUAAAGCAUUAUACGGGAAGCCUGUCCUCCCCUCCAGCUCAACACCCCCCUCGCCCCUGCCUGGAGGAGCCUUCCCAUUGCUCCAAGGCCAACCCAGUGGUGAGGACACUUUGGAUGGAGAAUUUGACGAUCGCGAGGACUUCCAGCACCUGGAGCCGUUGGCACCCCCUCCCAGCAUGGAGAACAUCCCACGACCACUCAGCCCUACUAAGCUAACACCCAUGGUACACUCCCCGCUGCGCUAUCAAAGUGACGCUGACCUUGAGAUACUUCGUAAAAAGCUGGCCAACGCUCCAAGACCCCUCAAGAAGCGUAGCUCCAUAACUGAACCAGAGGGCCCCAGUGGACCCAACAUCCAGAAACUUCUCUACCAGAGAUUCAACACUUUAGCAGGAGGCAUAGAAGGAAAUGGGGUCAGUGGGUCAGUAGGUGGUAACAGUGCAGGUAAUGGAACACCAUUUUAUCAGCCAGCUCCUCCUGGAUACUUAGGGGGUGACUCUGUGGCAGAUACAGAUAAUGGUAACUUCCCAUCUGAGACGCCACUACCACCACCGCCUGGGGCAGAGAAGCCAGGCUCUGAGGCUCCCCCUCCAUCUACUGAUGCAAAUGACAACGAGCCACUGCCUUUGCCACCAGAGGGGCUAGAGGAACCCGGUGAAGCAGAAGGACUGGAGGAUGACAACAACAACAACACUGGAGGCUCUGAGGCGUUGUUGCCCAGCCCUGUGCCGGAGGUCACAACUCUAGAAGAGAGCGGCACAGUAGUCUCACAGGCGCUGGAGAAGCGCACAAACCUGAAGAAGCCAAACUCUGAGCGUACUGGUCAUGGCUUUAGAGUGAAGUUCAACCCCCUGGCACUGCUGCUGGAUGCCUCAUUAGAGGGAGAGUUUGACCUUGUCCAGAGAAUCAUCUAUGAGGUAGAGAAUCCUAGCACUCCCAACGAUGAGGGAAUCACACCACUGCACAAUGCAGUGUGCGCAGGACAUCACCACAUAGUCAAGUUCCUGCUAGAUUUCGGUGUUAAUGUCAAUGCUGCAGACAGUGAUGGAUGGACUCCACUUCACUGUGCCGCCUCCUGUAACAGUGUUCAUCUCUGCAAGUUGUUGGUUGAGUCAGGAGCGGCCAUCUUUGCGAGCACCAUAAGUGAUGUGGAGACUGCUGCAGAUAAGUGCGAAGAAAUGGAAGAGGGCUACAUCCAGUGCUCCCAGUUUCUAUAUGGUGUUCAGGAGAAGUUGGGCGUCAUGAACAAGGGGACGGUGUACACUCUGUGGGAUUAUGAAGCUCAAAACCCAGAUGAGCUGUCAUUCAGCGAGGGGGACGCCAUCACCAUUCUGCGACGACAGGAUGACAGUGAAACAGAGUGGUGGUGGGCACGACUUGAAGACAGAGAGGGCUAUGUGCCCCGCAACCUGCUGGGGCUCUAUCCUAGGAUCAAGCCUCGUCAGCGCUCCCUGGCAUAGUGUCUCACUCCACUAAUCUCUGGCCAACAGCUGGGCUAAUGACAAAACCAAGAGCAGCGAACAAAGGAGCCUGGUGCUCAGCCUUGCGCUUCUCACAAAAUCCUUUUCUCUCAAGCAGCUGGCACUGAACUCUGCCACAGAUAUUUACAUCUGCACACACAAUGAAACACAAGCACUCAGAACAAGAAAAUCUCUUAAACCACUCCAUCCUAACCCCUUUCACCUUUCAACAUAUUGCUCUGUCAUUGUCCCAACCUGAUUUUAUCCCAACUCAGUGUAAGCCCUGUUUCCGACAUCCACUUGAAGAAUAAAACACUAACCGUUCUCUCAGUAUUUCUUACAGUGUUCAUACUAAACAAAUCUCCCUAAUAAAGUCUAUGGUGGCACUGAUUUACAUGAUACUAUAUGAUGUGUGGAAAAUCAUCUUUAAGGGUGAGAAACUGCUCACUUUUGUGAGCUGUAGUGGUUGUUGUGGACAGUUUGAGCCCCUUGCACAAGAAAAACUACCGUAGAAAAAUUUGCUCUGUAUUUACUGGAGUCCAACCACCAAAAAUAAGUACAGGUUUAAUUCAAUAAUGUCCUAAGACUUUCCAGAAUUGUUGAGGAGUGAGAUAAUCAAUUGAUAUGCUGUUGUCAGUAAUGAUUAACAGCUCUUAGUUGAUUUAAAGUCCUUUUAUAUAUUCCCAUGGAGCAGAAAACUGAUUUUUUUUUAGGGAAAAUAGAAAAUGUUGUAAAUACCCUGUAUUAACUGCACAGAUCAGUCAAAACAAUCCCAUUAUAUUAAAGCAAAGAUGAAUAUUUUAUAAAUUAUAUGAGCCUUCAGACAAUAACCAAUUUUCUUUGUAAUAUAAGAUUUAAAGCUCUAUCAAGUUUAGUGAAAACACAGUUUGAAUGAGCAGGCCAAAUAUUUACAUGGAGUUUCUCUGUGGUAAUCUGAUUAUUACUGAAAUGACCAGGGGAUGUUGUUCAUACGUGGAUUAACAGGUUAGCCAAAUAGUUUUCUUGGCAAUUUCACAAUAUCCCGCAUCUGUUGGUUCUUCGAAAGUCUCGCGGGAUUUGUCACGGCAACAUAUCCGCAGCCUAUUCGGGAGCAGGUUACUUCUCAGGUUAAAUGUAGAGAAGUUAACUUCACAUAGUUCAAGGGUUUCGGAGCAGGAAGCGGCUCAGUGACAUAGGAGCGAUUAUAAGAAGACAUGGGUUUGAAGUAAACAAUAUUAAGGCAUCGGCCCUUUGGCCCAUCCCAAACCGUUCUUAAUCAAACGAUACUGUUUCAGUCGGGAGGAAACAGUUUAUUGAGGUGGCUUCUUAGCACCUCAUAUUAUGGACAGACAAAGUGGAGCUGCGCUCUUUCCAACACAUAGUCAACAGUAAUCAAGUAAAAGUGUAUUUAUAUAGCAACUUUCUAAACCCAAGUUACAAAGUGCUUCACAAUGAAAGAAAAACAAAUGAAAAAAAAAAUCAUAAAUGGCAGAUGCAACAUUUAUCAAGCAUGUGAUUUAGCUUUUUUUAAAAGUCAUUGUUACUAUUGAUAAGAAUAUGAAUAAUAAAAAUAGAAAAGCGGAUGUAAAGUAACCGGUGGUGUGCGUAUUUCAGCGCCACAGAGGCGAAGAGAGACCAUCCUGUGUGAAUAUGUACACCUUUGUAUUCCUGAGUGUUAUGGUUCAUACAUUAAUUACCCAUUUUCUGCUUUACAGUUGUGAGAAGAAACACCAAAUUAAAUGAAAAGUUGCGAUCCACACGCAGACUGCGUGGUAAACUGGAUCAGGAGAGAUUGUUUUGCUGAUCUCUGCGUUAAAUUGCAGUUUCCUGGUGCCCAACGCUUCCACGGUGGAGACAAGAGUUGCAUGCAUGCCAGUAGCUUUAUUAAAAUUAAUGUUCCGAACCACUCUUGUGCGUGAAUCAUCAAUAAUAACCAAUAACCACCGAUUUUUACGCAUGCUCUUUGACGAUAAAGAUACAGAAUAUCAGAAUAGACUGAGACCCUCUUUUUUUUA